AUGGAUAUCGACAUGAGCCGGCGAAACAAGACUCCGCGUCCCCUAACAGACUCGGAACGAGCCCGACUUGAAGAGUUUGUGGAUGCUAUUCGGUACUCUGAGAGAUAUAACGACAGCGAAUUCGAGUACCGCCAUGUCCAGCUACCAAAGAUGAUGCUCAAGGCGAUUCCAAAGGAGUACCACGAUUCUGCCAAGGGCACACUGAAGCUUCUCUGGGAGGACGAGUGGAGGGCCAUGGGAAUGACACAGGCCACUCGGGAGCCGCAGCAUUGUCUAACCGGUGGAAAGACGACCCCUCAACUACCAACCUCCUCAGUGAGCUCGUCGAACGAACAUCUCCUUUGCUCAGUUGUGUACGAUAGCUACGGCUUUUCCGCGCCGACUCCUGCUACAUGA